AUGUUCGUUGGGGCGCUGGUUGCGCUCCUGGCAGUCACUGCCACCGCACAGCCCUUCUUGCCAGGAACCGGGUUCCUGCCUUUGGGCAACCUCCGGACGACUGACAGCGGAGGUCCCUACAACAUCUCACUCCUCACAGUGCAGGCCAACGAGAUCAAGGGAGCUCUGGCUGCAAAGAAGAACUUCACUGACAAGGACAUCAUCCACUUCCUGACUAACGUUGAGUGCCUGGAGGGUCUGUUUGACACAUGGGGCACCUUCGGCUACGGCUUCAACAACAAUCUCACCCUGGGAGGGCCCACCCCCAUCGGAGCCAGGAAGGCCAACCUGUCAGAUGAAGUCCUGCCCUUCAUGCAGGAGGUCGCCCUGAACGAGCAGGGUCACGCGCUAUUCACCCGCCAGGCUGGCAGUGACCUGCCCUGCCCGGCCAUCGACUUUACCGGUGGAUUCAACAAGUACUUUGGCGCAGCCUACAACCUGACCGGCAACGAGACCAUCGAGUCCAAGUUUGGCGCGCCCUUCGACCCUUUUGCCAACGAUGAGAACUACCUGCUAUCUGUGCUCUCCCUGGAGGAGCUCGGAGCUACCGGCAACAAGGGUCUGACUGGACUGCUGACUAACCCUGUCCUGGCCAACGCUGUUGCCGGUCUGGCCACCAGUGCCACUGGACAGGCCACUGUGCAGCGUAUGCUGUUGUGGCAGCGCCGCAACAACACAGUCUACCCCUUCAACGAGACCGUGCAGCAGGUCUUUGCCCGCAUCUCAGCUCUGCGCGACUCCCUUGACGGCCCUCCGGUGGACGACCAGGGACUUGUGAACACUGACUCGCGCACCAUUGCUGUGCCCCAGUACUAUGUCAACAUGAUUCCCACCGACGUCCGCGGCCUCACCUUCUCGCGCACACCCCAGCAGAUCAUCAACAUUGUGACCCUGGGAAGCCUGGAUGGCAAGGGCGUUUUCUUCCCCAACGGUCUGGGAGGCGCCAUCAACAAGCCCACCGGCUACAACGAAACCGCCUCAGGCCUUGACAGCUUCCCAGCCAGCGGCGCCAAGGUCGCCACUCAGCUGAGCACGGAGCAGAUCGGCACCAUCCCAGGCCCCAAGCCGCCGGCAAACGUGACCGGCGAGCUGGACCUGACUCAGUCGCUGACCGGAGGCAAGGACAAUGAGACUGCUGCCACCCGCGGCUAUGUCACUGAAUCCCCAGGCUCCCCCUACUUCUCCAACGCCAGCCAGGUGGCUGUGGCUUACCCUUUGAAGUCAUCCGAUGCUUCCACCCCCGUUGCCGCCGGCGGCCGCCGCCUCUUCUUCUAA